GCAUCUAUAUAAGCUUAGCAAAUUAAUAUGAACAAAGGUAUGAAUGACCAAUUCAGCUUUACCAAUUAAUAUACUCAAAGAUCACCUGCUCAUCAAUAUGCAGCUGACCAUCCUUGAGAGACGACCUACACGAGGUUUGAAAAUUCCGCCACCGGCCGGAGAAGCGGCGGAGGAGAAUCGGGGUGGUAGGAGAAGUUACAUAGCGUCAUCGUCAUCAUCUUCGGGACGUCGUCCGAGGUGUACGUGUUCGGGCCGUCUGGGUUCGGUACCUUGUAGCAGGCAUGGUUACAUGGUGCCAAAACAGAACAUGAGGAGAUAUGGUGGUAACAAGGAGAUAUUGAGGAGGGCAUUGGCACCACCAAAUCGGAAGAUGACUCUUAGGUGGUGGAACUUCAAGCCAACACCGAGCAGGCUUUCUAACAUGUCUAUGGCUUAAGGUUCUGCAAUUCUUUUAGAAGUUUUGACAGUAGGGAAUAUAUGAUCAAUUGAAGCAUAUUGAGAGUAUUGUGUAAAUGAUUUGAUUGGAAUGGAUUAACUUUGAUUGCUUUCCCCAGAUUUUACAA